AAAUUACAAUGGGACAUUCAUUCAUUCUCUUGGAAAUAACUCCCUUACAUCUCAAAAAGUGGUUCACACAAAAAAGGAUCUUUAUAAAUGUUUGGAAUCUGGAAAACAUUUUAGAACAAGCAGGCAACUCACUUCCCAUGAAAGGAUUCACACUGGGGAGAAACGGUGUUCAGAAGCACCUGUAGCCGACGUAGCCCAGUCUCUUCAAGCAGCAGGACAGAAACCAUAUAAAUGCAUGGAGUGUGGGAAAACCUUUAUUCAUAGCAAUGGACUUAGAAACCACAAAACAAUCCACACAGGAGAAAAACCAUAUAAAUGCAUGGAGUGUGGAAAGACCUUUGCUCUGAACAAUAGACUCACUAUGCACAAAAAAAUCCACACAGGGGAGAAACCGUAUAAAUGCAUGCAGUGUGGAAAGACAUUUGCACGAAGAGAUAAUCUUAUUUCCCAUAAAAUGAUCCACACAAGGGAGAAGCCAUUAAAAUGCAUGGAGUGUGGAAAGACUUUUGCUCAAGACAGUUAUCUUGCUUCCCAUAAAAAGAUUCACUCAGAAGAGAAACCAUUUGAAUGUAUGGAGUGUGGAAAGAUGUUUACUAAGAGGAAAUAUCUUACUUCUCAUAACAGAAUCCACACAAGGGAGAAGCCAUAUAAAUGCAUGGAGUGUGGAAAGAGCUUUGCUCAGAAUGGUAAUCUGACUUCUCAUAAAAGGAUCCACGCUAGGAAGAAAGUAUAUAGCAAUAGCAAUUCCACUUCAGACUUAUAUACCACUCCACAAAGCUUUAUAGCAGCCUUUGAGCAGUUUACAAAGUCAGCAUAUUGUCCCCAGCAAUCUAGGUCCUCAUUUUAUGGACCUGAGAAAGAUUAAUGACUGAAUUCACCAUGAGGCAGUCAAAUCGAACUCAGCUUUCAGCAUUCCUCCAUUUUGGAACUGGUUUUCUUUUUCUUUAGAGUCGGGCGGAAGAAAUGGGUCCCCCGGGGUGUUCAUCAGAAGAGGCUGGAGGGGUCUCUCCCCUUUCUGCUUUCCCCCUUCAAUGUGAGGCUGUGAAUAAUUUUAGAAGGGCACCAUAUGUAUUGAAUUAAAGAAAUC